AUGGGGUUUCAAACGAAGGAAGACCUACUGGCUGAUGUUACUAAGGAUAUUGAAGAGAUCGAAUUGGCUGAGCCGCGGGGGAAACACCCAGCAGACCUGAGCAGCAUUGAAUCUACCGCCCCAUCCAAAACAGCCUGGCUCAUUGCAAUUGUCGUCUCCAUCGGGGGUCUUUUGUUUGGUUACGAUACUGGUUAUAUAUCCGCAGUUCUUGUCACAAUAAACGACUCACUUGGUCAUGUGCUCAGCUCCAGCGAGCAGGAGAUGGUAACAUCUUUAACAAGUGGUGGCGCUCUGGUUGGAGCAGUAGCGGCCGGUCUUACAGCUGACCACUUUGGUCGGCGCUGGCCCAUCUGGGGUGCAUGCUUGACCUUUGUUAUUGGUACAACUCUACAAACGUGUGCAUUUUCCGUCGGCCAGUUCGCGGCGGGGAGAUUCAUCGUCGGUCUUGGGGUGGGGAGUGCCUCGAUGAUUGUCCCAAUGUAUAUUGGCGAGAUAGCGCCAGCACAGUAUCGUGGACGGAUGGUGGCAUUCAACAAUAUGAGUGUCACAUUUGGACAACUUCUUGCAAGCGCAGUGGGGGCUGGACUUGCCCAUGUUAAAGGCGAGGGCUGGCGUGCCACUGUCGGGAUCGGAGCAGCCCCAGCCCUUGCUCUUGCUGCGCUUUUGUUCUUCUGUCCCGAGUCACCAAGACAGUUGGUCUCUCAUGGUAAUACAAUCGCUGCAGACAUGGUCCUUCGACGGAUCUACCCAACCUCCACAGCUGAACAGCGUCAGUCCAAGAUAAGAUCCAUUGAGGCUUCCAUCCAAGAAGCGACAGAGACGAUGAUUAAUGAGUCCCUGUGGACCACCUUCAAGCGAAUCUUCACUACUCCUUCCACUGCGCGUGCGACCUUGACCGCGUGCACGAUAAUGGCCAUUAGCCAACUCGGAGGUUUCAAUACUCUGAUCCUCUUUCUCGUUGACAAGUUCGGUCGACGAAUUAUUCUUUCCAUCACAGUGCUAGGCAUGGCAAUCUGUAUGGUCAUCGCCGCUAUUGCAUUUCACUAUAUUCCGGUAGAUACCGCUACUCUAAAGCUCACCACCACACAAGGUGGUUGGGCUGGAACUUUGGUGCUUGUUGCCAUCAUCUGCUAUGUUGCAUGUUUUUCCUCGGGGGUCGCAACGAUGGCUUGGAUUGGUACGGAACUGAUUCCGCUGGAAGUCCGCGCCAUAGGCACGAUGCUAAACACGGUUACUUGCUGGAGCACCAACAUUAUAAUCUCCUCCACAUUUUUAUCAAUGAUGAAGAGCUGGACUCCAAGUGGGGCUUUCGGAUUCUACUCGGGCAUUUGCUUCUUUGGUUGGGUAUUCGUCAUCUUCUUCUAUCCCGAAUGCAAGGGAAUGCCUUUGGAAGCCAUCAGGGAUGUUUUCAAGGAUGGCUUUGGGGUCGCAUACUCAAAACGGUGGCAGAGAGAACACAAAGAUGAGACCAAAAUCCAGACACUGGUUUUGGGACACUAG